CGUUUAUGUUAUCAAAACAACACAUGUUUUUCUAUUUUGUUCACAAAAUUGUAUAAUUGUGCUUUCUUUUCAUAAUUAAUUUAAGCAAAAAUGCCAAAAGCUAAGAAGAAGUUCAUAGAUCGAAAGAAGGCAGUUACCUUCAAUUUAGUGCACCGUUCCCAAAGGGAUCCCCUCGCAGCCGAUGAAACUGCCCCGCAGAGGGUUUUAGUGCCUGUCAAUGCAGCUGUUCCAUCACGAAAAGAGAAAGACCUAGACCUAACCCCUGAUCAGCGCAAAGAAGAACAGAUGAAAUAUGGCAUAUUUUUCGAUGAUGAUUAUAACUAUCUACAACAUCUUAAAGAUACCCGAGAAGUCACCAUGGUGCUUCAGCCUAAAUCCACACACAAGAGAAAGGAAAAAGCAGAAGUGACAGACAAGAUUGAUGAUACAGAGGACUCAAAAUCGGUAACGGAAACAUUGCAACUGCCAAGUUCUGUGUUCGCUUCGGAAGUGGAGGAAGAUGUUGGUCUACUAAAUAAAGCUGCAUCACAAGGAUUGUGUCUAGAGCUAGACCCUGAUGUGGUGGCUGCACUGGACGAGGACUUCGACUUUGAUGAUCCUGAUAACGAGCUCGAGGAUAACUUCAUCGAACUUGCUAUGGGCGAAGGAUCCGGUGAUGAUGAUGGUGAAGAUGAUGAACAGGACAGUGACGGCGACAGCAUGUCUGAUGGAGGUGACUCAGAAAAAGCAUUCGCCUCAGAUUUAGACUCAGAUGAUGAGAGUGAUCAACAGAAAGGAGGCAGGAUGCCUACGUGGGACAAGGACGAUACGAAGUCCCGUUUCUCGCAGUACUCAAUGUCUUCGAGCGUGAUCCACCGAAACCAGGGUUUGAGUUUGCUUGACGGGAGAUUCGAGAAGAUGUUCGCUGAAUACGACGACACUGAAGUAGGCGCGUUAGACCUGGAAGACAUAGAAGGCUUCAUGCCAGAGAGUCACGAUAUGCUGCUGCGAGCCGCUGAGGAGUUCGAGGAGUCCCGCAGAAGAUACCAGCUUGAAAGAGACAAGGAGAUCUCAAGAAUGAGACAGCUGGAAGAGAUAUCCGAGGAGUCUGAAGAUGAUCUGGUGACGGUGGAAGUCCAGCCCAAGGAGCGGUGGGACUGCGAAAGCAUUCUGUCCACUUACUCCAACCUUUAUAACCAUCCCAAGCUUAUAGAAGAACCUAAACGCCCCAAAAUACAGAUCAACCCCAAAACCGGCAUACCAAAAGAUACGUUAGGCAAAGACAACAAGCUUACAGUGAAGUCACUGGCAAAGUUUAAUGCCCUCAACGAAUCAGCUGAUCAAGACUCAGACGAAGAUGGAAGGACUCACGCAGAAUCUGUGCUGUCUAUACUCAGCGUACUUUCUAUUAGGCCUAAAGACGAAAAGGCAGAAGAAAAGAAGGAGAGGAAACGACUAUUGAAAGAGUACAGAAAAGAAAGAAGAAUUGAGAAGAAAGCCAACAAAGAGGCGUUCAAAGAAGAGAAGAAACGCCAAGAGAAAAUAAUGCUGAAUAACAGAAAUAACGUGCAAGGCAACAAGAUAUGCUGAAAUUUAAUUUAAGCACAUAAAAUUAGACUUUAAACGCUGUACUCAGAGACUUUAAAAUGGCGUGUUUUAUUUUUUACAAGGUUUAUUCUGUCUUGUUCUAUUGUUACCGCAAAGAAAGUAACUGAAUCUUUGGUUAAAGUUGGUGCCAGUCACUUUUAAAAUUUUAAGUUGGCUG